UGACCUGGAGCUGCAGAGCGACGCAGCCUUGGGUGCAGUCGUCACUCGCGUCUGGUCUCCAGCUCCCCGCUGCCCCGCGCGCGGCGGGCUGGCAUCGGGCCCGGGGUGAGCUGAUCAGUUCGAUGUGUCUGUGGUGAGGCGAGGGAAAAACAGAGACCGAGACAAGAGAACCGCACAGACUCCAUGGAGGGCUUUUCAUGUUUGAAGUAGGGCUUUUUAGUCCUGGAAGCAAGGGAAAGAGGGGGAGACUGUUUUGGAACUAUGGAGGUUGAUACGAAGCUCCUCCUGCAUGUCUGCUUCAGAGUCUGAGAUCACUGGAAGCGAGGAAGCAAAGAAGAAAUUAUCUCUGAUCCCUAUAACUGGUCUAAAGGUCUUCUGCCUGUAUGUACAUUAGGGUGUUUCACUGAGCAAAAGAAGGAUAGAAGAGGAGACUUCAUUCAUUCAUCCCAGGUCUCCUUUGAGUGGCAGCUCUCCUGGCCUGUAAGUGGUUAAACACCGUUGCUCAGACACACCAUCCUCCUUCGUAGCCUGAGUGAGCCAAGUACAUUGUUCCUGCCUUCAGCAGGGGUGAUUACAUGGGCCGAGUUCAGGAUGUGGGCUGGGCAACUGCAGGACUGGUGAUCUGGGCUGGCACAUGCUACUGCAUUUACAGAUUAACCAAGGGAAGAUCUCAGAGUGGGAGCAGAUUUGCCAGAAAUGGGUCCAGGAUCGAGACGGAGACUGAGGUUGGGGUACAGAACCAGACCGUGGCCACAGGUGAAGCCAUGGCUGGAGCAGAGACUCGAGUCAAGACUGAACCAGAAACUGGAGAAGGAGGUGAGCCUGUGGCCGAAGCAGAUCCCAAGGUCCCUGUUCUAGCUAGAGCCAGUAUCAACUGUCAGACCGAGACAAUGCUUGAGGAGGAGGUAGAGACUCAUUCUGAGACCAGUUCAUUGGUGGAAACUGUGGUCAUGACAGACGCAGUGACUUUUACUGAAGCCACAGCCAAAGCCAAAGAAGUAACCAUGAAAGAGGCAGUCACACAAACUGAAGUUGAGACUGAGGAAGUAGGCAAGAAAGAGGCAGUGACGCAGACCAAAGCUAAAACUUGGGAAAUGGCUGGCAGGGCAGAGGUCAAGAAAGAAGCAAUGACCCAGACCAAAGCAGAAGCUCCUCCAUUGGCUGAAAAAGAGACAGAGAUUAACAGAGUAACAGUGACUCAGAGUGAGGUCUUGGCAGUGACCAAGGAAGUAGUCAAGAUUGGGACCAUGAAUGAGACUGGAAUUGUGGCAGAAGCCACAAUAAGAACACUGGAAGAGACUGUGAGUGUGACUAGAACUCAAUCUGAGACUAGGCUUGGUGUCACAGUUGAUACUAAUGAAAAUCCCAUUGAUAUGCCCCUUGUAGUGGCUGGAGUGGACGUGAAGUCCUAUGCACAGUCUCAGGCUGUGGACAUAAUUCAAAAUGAUGACAUGAUCGGUGAUGAGGUUGACGACAAGGGGAAUCUCAAAAGCACGUCUGAGGCAGGGUCUGGGGUAGAUACAAAGGCUUCUGAUCAGCCUCCUACUGUUGCCAACAUUCCGGCUGAAGCCAUGCCAGGGGCAAGGGAUGAUGCUUGUGAUAAUACAAAUGACAUUUGUGAAGCAGAGGCAGAUAUGACAACUUGUAUAAUACAACCCGAGACUGUGGCCACGACACAGGCUGAGACAACGUCUGGUGCCACCACGACUGAUGACGGGGAAGAUGCCAAUGUUGAAUUUAAGGCAGUGACUGGUGCUGACAUAACUGAUACCGAUCCUCAAGCUGUAACCAGUGACCAGACUGAAGCCAUGCCUGAUGCCAAGGUUAAGGGUAAAGGUAAUGCCACUGCCAUGGCUAAAGCAGGGACCAAGGCAAACACAAAAACCAGUUUGCAGACUGAUGCCUUGCCUGAUACCGAGGAUAAAAACAUAAGUGAUCCCAACGAUGUGGCUAAGGCAGAGGCUAGCGGAGAUGUGGUUUUCUGUACCCAGACUGAGCCUGUGGCCAAUGUCCAGGGUGAUGACUUGCCUGAUGGCAAAAUCAAGGCUAAGGACAAUGCCAAUACCACAUCUAAGGAAGGGGUUCAGGCUACGGCCCAGAGCCAAGGUGAAGCCUUACCUAGUACUAAAGGUAAGGCUAGAGGCAAAGCCAAAGCCAAGUGUAAGGCAGGAGCUGCGACAGAUGUGAAAACAUGUGCACAGCCUCAAGCUGGGACGAAAACCCAAGCUGAAGCCUUGUCUGAUUCCAAGGUUGAUAGCAAAAGUGACUCCAAUGCUGCUUCUAAAGCAGGGGCAAAGGCAGACAGUUGCCAGAAUGAGGCCCUGCCUGGAACUAAGAAUAAGGUCAAGGGCAAUCCAAAUCCUGUGCCUAAGGCAGAGACUGGGACAGCUGCAGUGGGCUCUGCCCAGACCAAUGUUGUGACCGGUUCCCAGGGUGAGAGUGCAUCCGGUGCCAAGAAUAAGGUCAAGGGUAGCAAUUCUGUGCCUAAAGCAGGGGCUGGACCAGACCCUACGGAUUCUGCCCAGUCCCAGACUGUAGCCACUUCCCACAGUGAGAACUUACCCGGUGCCAAGAAUAAGGUUAAGAGCAAUCCCAAUGUUGUGCCUAAGGCAGAGGCUGGGGUGGGUGCCUGUCCCCAGUCUGCGGCCAUUUCCCAGGGUGUUGCCUUGACUGGUACCAAGACUAAGGCCAAGGGCAAUUCUAGUGCUGGGUCUAAACCGGAUGCUGGGGCAGGUACGAUGGGCUCUGUCAAGGCUGUGGUCAGUUCCCAGGGCGAGGCCGGACCUGGUUCCAAGAGUAAGGUUAAAGGUAAUCCCAAUGCUGUGCCUAAGGCAGAGGCUGGGGCAAGUACAAUACUGGCUUUGGCUUCUUCCCAGGCGGAGGCCUUGCUUGGUGCCAGAAAUAAGGUCAGGGGCAAUUCCAACACUGUGCCUAAGGCAGAGGCUGGGUCAGGUGCAAGGGGCUCUGCCCAGUCCCAGGCUGUGGUCAGUUCCCAGAAUGAGACUUUGCUUGGUGCCAGGAAUAAGGUCAGAUCCAAUGCUAGUACUAAAGCAGGAGCCAAAACAGGUACAAGGAGCUCUGCUCAGCCUCAGGCUGUGGUCAGUUCCCAGAACGAAGCCUUGCUUGGGGCAAGGGAUAAAGGUCUGUCCGGUUCACAGGUAGGAGCCACUGUAGACAAUAAGAUGUAUGCAAGGCCCGUGGCAGGUGCUGUGCCCACUUCUGAAACUGCGAGUGGGGUAGGUGCUCAGCCUAACAUGCACGAUUAUUACUGGAAUGGAAUUGGUGUUGAGGACUGGAUUGCUGCCGAGCGGUGGAUCAAAUUUAGGUUUCAGACCAUGGAUGGAGACUGGGAGAAUACUGUAUCCUGGACUGAGGAUGAGAAUGCAGCCAAUGUCGGGCCCUGGAGUGGGGCUAAUGAGAAGACUGGCAUUGUUAGUUCCUGGGCUGUGGCUUGUGAUGAAAACAGCAUUAAGUCCUGGACUGGGGCUAGGACUGAGAACGAGGUUGCUCUUGGGUCCUGGGUAGGUGCUGGUGACCAGGCCAGUGGGGCACUCUGGGCAGGAGCUCAGGCUACUGACGCCACUGGCGGCUCCUGGACUGGGGCUGAGAACCAGAUCAGUGCAGGUUCUUGGGUUGUCUCUGGAAACCAGGCCAUUGCAGGGCCCUGGGCUGUCAGUCAGGUCAGUGACGGGUCAUGGCCUGCAGUCCAGGCCAGUGGAGUGUCCUGGGUAGUGGACCAGGCUACUGGGACCUGGACUGUGGCCGACAAUCAGGCUGGUGCAGUGUCUUGGACUGGAGCUGGCAAUAUAGUUAGUAUUGGAUACUGGACUGGGGCUGUAGACCAGACCAAUGCUGUGUCCUGGACAGGGACUGGUGAUCAGGCUGGUGGUGAGGUCAAGCCAAGGUUUGAAGAUCAGGCCAGUGAAAAGGGGACCUGGGCUGGAGCCGGUGUCCAGAGCAGUGGAGAGUCCAGGUUGGGACCUGAGGAUCAGGCCAGUGGAAGGUCUUGGACUGAGACCACGGACCAAGCUAGUGCGGCAUCCAGGCUUGGGACUGUAGAUCCAUCUGGUGGUGCAUCCUGGGCUGGCACUGGGGACCAGACUGGUGCAGUAUCUACAGCAGGGUCUGCAGACCAGUCUGUUGGUGGAUCCAAACCUGGUUUUGAGAAUCAGACCAGUGGUGAAGGGUCUUGGACUGGGACUGUUGGCCAGGCUAGUGGAGGGUCCAAGUCGGUGCCUGAGGAUCAGUCUGCUGGAAGAUCCUGGGCAGAUUCUGGAAACCAACUCAGUGGAGGGUUCUUGGUUGGGCCUUUGGACCAGGCCAAUGGAGAGUCUCAGCCUGGGUCUGGAGAACUGGCUGCUGGUGGAGUAGAUCAGUCCAGUGCAGGAGGAUGCUGGGCUGGUUCUGGGGACCAGUCUGGUGGAGAAUCUAGGAUGGGGCCCAGGGACCAGUCUAAUGGAGAGUCUUGGCCUGGCACUGCAGAUCAGACCAGUGGAUGGUAUUGUACUUACACUGGGAAUCAGACCAUUGGAGGAGGCUCUUGGGCUGGGGCUAGUGGUCAGGACGUUGGAGGGUCGAAGCCAGUGCAGGUGAACCAGACUACUAGUGGAUCCUGGCUUGUCACUGGAACUCAGAUCAGUGGUGUGUCCUGGACUGGUGAUCAGGUUGGUGGCUGUUCCAAACCUGGAUUUGAGGAUCAGGCCGUUGGAGGAGGAUUCUGGGCUGGUGCUGGGGACCAGGCCACUGGAGGGUCCAGGCCAGCUGUGUCUGAGGAUCAGUCUAGUGGAGGAGUUUCCUGGGGUGGAGCUGGGAGUCAGGCCAGUGGAGGGUCCUGGGUUGGGCCUGUGGAUCAGACUAGUGGCUCUUCUAAAUCUGGAUUUGAAGAUCAGGCAGGUGGAGAAUCCUGGCCUGGGUCUAGGUCUAGUAAUGAAGCCAGUGGAGGAUCUAGGCUAGAUACACAAGACCAGGCCAGUGGAAGAUUCCUUGUAAGUGCUGAGGUGGAGGCCAAUGAAGGAUUUUGGUUUGGGCCUGGGAGUGAGGCUUUUAUAGGGUCUUGGUGCUGGACAGAAGAAGCUACUAUUUUGCCUAUAGCUGAUCUUAAAGAUGAGGCCAGUGUUGAAUCCACGUCAGGUACUAAGGAAGAAGCCACCACUAGUUCUGGAUUGGGGGAUGAGAAGAAGACCAGUACUGAGGAGACAGCUUUAACGGGCACCUGUGUUGGAGGUGAGGCUGAGACUGUGGCUGGAGCCGAGGCUGAAGUUGAGACAGAGGCUAAGGCUGGAGCUGAGGCUGAGGCUGGAGCUGGGCCUGAGGCUGGAGCAGAGACAGAGGUUGAGGCCAAGGCAGGAGCAGAGACAGAGGUUGAGGCCAAGGCAGGAGCAGAGACAGAGGUUGAGGUCAAGGCGGGAGCAGAGACAGAGGUUGAGGCCAAGGCCGAGGCCGAAGCUGGAGCAGAGACAGAGGUUGAGGCCAAGGCCGAGGCCGAGGCUGGAGCAGAGACAGAGGUUGAGGCCAAGGCGGAGGCCGAGGCAGGAGCAGAGACAGAGGUUGAGGCCAAGGCCGAGGCCGAGGCUGGAGCAGAGACAGAGGUUGAGGCCAAGGCCGAGGCCGAGGCUGGAGCAGAGACAGAGGUUGAGGCCAAGGCCGAGGCCGAGGCUGGAGCAGAGACAGAGGUUGAGGCCAAGGCCGAGGCCGAGGCAGGAGCAGAGACAGAGGUUGAGGCCGAGGCUGGAGCAGAGACAGAGGUUGAGGUUGAGGCCGAGGCGGGAGCAGAGACAGAGGUUGAGGCCGAGACGGGAGCAGAGACAGAGGUUGAGGUUGAGGCCGAGGCGGGAGCAGAGACAGAGGUUGAGGUUGAGGCCGAGGCAGGAGCAGAGACAGAGGUUGAGGUUGAGGCCGAGGCGGGAGCAGAGACAGAGGUUGAGGUUGAGGCCGAGGCGGGAGCAGAGACAGAGGUUGAGGUUGAGGCCGAGGCGGGAGCAGAGACAGAGGUUGAGGUUGAGGCCGAGGCGGGAGCAGAGACAGAGGUUGAGGCCGAGGCUGCAGCUGCAGCUGCAGCUGAUUCUGAGACUGGAACUGAGGCUGGUCCUAGAGUUGAGGCAGUGGUUGGGGCUGAAGCCGGAAUGGAAAUUUGGACCUGGGAGGGAGAUGCAGCCUCUAAAGGGUCUAGGCUUGGGGCUGAGGCUGAGGCUGGAGUUGGGGGAGGGGCUGAGGCUGAAGCUGAGACUGAGACCAGCAUGGGAUUUUGGUUCUGGGAUGGAGAUGCAGCUACUAAAGGAUCUAAGCUUGGCGCUGAGGCUGAGGCUGAGACUGAGGCUGAGGCUGAGCCUGGAAUUGGGACAGGAGCAGGGUCAGAGGCAGAGACUGAAGCUGUGGCUGAGACCAGCAUGGGAUUUUGGUUUUGGGACGGAGAUGCAGCCGCUAAAGAGUCUAGGCUUGGGGCUGAGGCUGAGGCUGGAGCUGGCGCAGGGGCAGAGGCUGUGGCUGAAGCUGUGGCGGAGACCAGCAUGGAAAUUUGGUCCUGGGAUGGAGAUGCAGCCACUAAAGGGUCUAGGCAUGAGGCUGAGGCCGGGGCUGGAGUUGUGGCUGAGGCCGGGGCUGGAGUUGUGGCUGAGGCCGGGGCUGGAGUUGUGGCUGAGGUUGGGGCUGAGACCAGAAUGGGGUUUUGGUUUUGGAAUGAAGACUCAACCACUAAAGGGGCUAGGCUCGGGGCUGAGGCCGGGGUUGGAGUUGUUGCAGAGGGUGGGGCUGAAGCCAGAAUGGAGUUUUGGUCUUGGGAGGGAGAUGCAGCCUCUAAAGGGUCUAGGCUUGGGGCUGAGGCUGAGGCUGGCUUAGGAUCUUGGACUUUCGCUGCAGAUGUAAAUGAUGAUGAUGAUGAUGAGGAGGAGCUAAGUAGAGAAUCCAGCCCUGGUAUUGAAGAGAUCAGUCUAAGAAACUUGUUUGGGGCUGACAGUGAGGACAAUAAUGACCUCAGAUCUACAAAUGAAAAAGAUGCCGAUUCUGAAUCUGGGACUGGUGAUAAGGUCAGCACUAAAGAUAAGUUUGAUGCUGCUGAUGGAGUUGACAUCCGAUCUUGGUUCUGUACUGGUAAUGAAAACAGAUGUGAGGAUGAAUCUACAUCUCAGGUGAAAGCCAAAAAGACAACUGAACCAAGAGGCAUAUAUCCAUCCAUGGUCCCUGGAGCAGGAAUGGGUGUAUGGGAUGGGACCAUAAUUUGUUCUGAAAGCAAGCUACUGCAGAAAAGCAGCUUUCCAGGGGAAGAAGGCUUCAGAAAGCAAGUCAAUACUGGAGACAAGGUGCAUUCCUGCAACUGCCGCUGCAAACGGGAUGUUAAUCUGGAUCCAGAAGAUCUUGAGAAACUCAUUUGCAUGAUUGAAAUGACUGAAGAUGCUUCUGUUCACGAGAUAGCCACGAAUGCUCUAUAUAACAGUUCUGACUAUCCUUUUCCGCAGGAAAUUGACCGGAAUAUAGGUGGAAUUUCAGUUAUCCAAAGCUUAUUGGGUAAUCCCUACCCUACUGUCCGCCAGAAGGCUUUAAAUGCAUUGAAUAACCUCUCAGUUGCUGCUGAAAACCAUAGAAAGGUUAAGACAUACUUAAGUCAGGUAUGUGAAGAUACUGUCACCUGUCCCUUAAACUCAAAUGUGCAAGUGGCUGGACUAAGACUGAUAAAACACCUGACUAUCACUAGUGAAUAUCAGCACAUGGUUACCAAUUACAUUUCAGAAUUUCUCCGUUUGUUGGCUAUGGGAAGUGGAGAAACUAAAGACCAUGUUUUGGGAAUGCUUGUGAAUUUCUCUAAAAAUCCAUCCAUGACAAAAGACUUGCUCAUUGCCAAUGCACCAACAGCACUGAUUAACAUCUUUAGCAAGAAGGAGACAAAAGAGAACAUCCUUAAUGCACUUUUACUUUUUGAAAAUAUAAAUCGUCAUUUUAAAAAAAGAGCAAAAACAUAUCCCCAAGACAGGUUCAGUAAAAGUUCCCUUUAUUUUCUGUUUCAACGACCUAAAGCCUGUGCCAAGAAACUUAGAGCCUUAGCAGCAGAUUGUAGUGAUCCAGAGGUGAAAGAAAAAGUUGAGGUAUUAAUAAAUAAACUCUGAUUGGCUCUCUGUUCCCCCCAGAGUUUGAGUAACAUUUUGGUUUUACAUCCUGGACAUGCUAUACAUUGUAAAUUGCAUUAGAAUUUUGAAACUAAUGUUGCCUAUAAGGACCUAUAGCUGGACAAUUUUAUGAACACCAAACGAAUUCAAGCUUGUUCUGGAAAUACAUGUGUCAAUUUUUAUCUUGUCUGGAUUGAGAUAUUUUUAGUAUGCUUCAUGAGCAGAAACCAAACUGAUUCUUCAUAAGUAAGGUAAUCUUUGGUCCUUUGUGUGGACUUAUGUUUAUACAUUUGAGACUUUAUUUUUAUGUCAUCAAUAAAGUUGUGUGUUUUAAGAAGCAAAAACGAGAUAUUGUCUUCAUCCUUAGGUUUAUGAUCUGUUUAGAAAUAAAAUCAGGAGUCUUCCGGUCACAGACAGCUGCUUCCUGUCAGUGCUUAGAGGAAGCAGAAAAUGCUGCCCGAUUUAUCAGUGCCCAGGGAAUGCUUCAUGGAAUAGGGAGUCUUUUUAAGCGAGCUGUGCUUGAAUAAGAUACAAAAGGUCAAAAAGGCCAUUCGAGGACGGAGAAUUGGUAGAAGAAAGGCAAGGAAGUGGGAAAUCCAGUUCUGGAGAACCUGGGUAGAAUGACUCAGGAGGGCCAUGAGAGGAGAUAAAAAGGACUGAGGAAGUCAGCAUGAAUUCUGUCUAUGGAGCACUUCCAACUGCCAGAGUGUCUGAAUAUUGUAUGUAUCCCUAGAAACAGCAAGGACUUCCACGACCAGAGGAUGAAAGGAAAAGAAUGGGAUUGAUUUACGUCAGGAUGAGUUCAAGUUGGAGCGAGGAUAGGAAUGGUGACUAAAGGUAGGAAAACAAGCUAGGAAGCUACCAUCGUAGCAGAGGCACGAGAUGACAGACAUCUGAAAUGUCAUCAGCUCCUGUGGGGAUCCUAAGGACAGGACUGAAGUGAGAAUGCUCUCCUUUGUGACUUACUAUGUAAUCAAGUCUGGCCUUGAACUCCUAGCAAUCCCCUAGCCUCAGUUUUCCAAGCGUUGGCAGUAUAAGCCUGAGUCACUCACUGUGCCUGGGGUCUUUUGUGGUGAGUAAGUGCUCCAGCUUAUUCUGAGGAUGUAUAAAGAGGAUCAGUUUUCUUUUAGGGUUGUGGAGUCCAUGGGAACAUGUCCUUUCAUAGCCAACUCUGGUGUCUAUAUAAGUGCAUAAGAAAAUUGUUUUGAAUUAAUGAGAAAAUACAGUUGAAAGAAAAAUAAAUUUUAGUACUUGCAUCAGGAUUUUUUUUUUUAGUAAGAUUGAUUGGAGUGGGUUUUCACAGUACCAUCAAGAGUGAUGUUGGGAUCCACAGGGGAGAAGUUCCAAUUUUCUUCCACCACACAGUAUUGACAAGAGUACCUGUACAUGUGUGUGUGAGCAUUCAGACUGUGAGGCUGGCAGCCUGUCAGGUAUGUUCC